UUCUAUUCGAUUUAUGGUCCUCUUUUUAAUAAAAAAAGCUACUAAAUAAUAUUAAUUUUAUUGCACUUUGCAAAGUUUAAUUGAGUUCUUCCCUUUUCGUUUAACCUAGCAAAAUAUACAGCAGCCUCUGUAAUUCAAGCACGCCGGAAAUUAUAUAGUAAACUGUGUUGAUGAUUUACCAAUAUGAAUAAGUUAUUGGAGUUUGGGAAGAAAUUCAUGUUUUAUGCUAGGGUACUUUCUGGAUAUGAAGAGCGAAGAAUCCGAAAUUUUAGGCUGCAGCUUGAACAACGCGUUCAACAGGCACAAGCAAAGAAAGCAGCCAUAAAUAAAGUACCUGAGCAGAUCAUUUUAUCUGAAGUUCGUCGAAUGGUUGAAGAGAUGCAAGCUUUGAACAAGAAGCUGGAAGAAACAGAGGUAGCCAUUGAAGAAUACUUCAAACCUCUUGACAAGGAGGCGGAGUUUUUAAUGAAAAUGCAACUACAAGGUGAAGAGAAAACAUCGGAGAUGAUGAUGAAAGCACUACAAGAACAAGCUAUGCGUCGACAAGCUGAAGCAGAAAAAAGUACAAGUGUGCAUCAAACAGAAAAUGUUGAAACCAACCAGAAAGAACCCGAGACUCUGGUGACAACAUGUAUAGGAGAGGAAGAAAAAACCUUGAAGGACAAUAUGCAUUAAGCAGACAAGGAAGAGAAAACUUUGAAGAACAAGCUAUUUGUAUUAUUUAAAAUUGCAUCUUGAGGUGCGAUCAUGUUAACUUCAACAUUUUUUUACGAGGUUUGAUUUAGAACUCUUUGAGCCAUUGGCUAUUGGCUAUGUAGAGGGUAUGGAUCUGAUUGCUCCGGGCAGUAGCCUUCUGAGAAAGAGAAUAAAACCAACCAUUCCUCCAUUUGAGCUGCAAAACAAAUGGUGAUUGAGAGAAUAUGCACAUAAAUGUGUUAUUUGAGUAUCAAAAUAUGACAUUGUAUGUGACGAGGAUUAUGUUUAUCCUUAAAUUUAUUUAUUUUUCAUCUUCUACAA